AUGGCGAUGAUGAAGCACAGCCACUUGCCAGGUGUAAGGAGAAUACUUUCAGACACUAAAGACUCUGCUGAUGUUUCUGUCCUGAUCUCUAACCUGACGGAUACUGAGGUCGAGUACAUUAGCGACUUUACCAGAUCCAUAUUUAUCUUUGUUAACCAUGUUAUUCUUGAUAUGGGUUUUUGUGUCUUUGGAAUUGUUGGCAAUUGUCUAAGUAUUACAGUAUUCUUAAAGCAAGGACUGCGCAAGUCUGUGAACUUGAGUCUGUUCGCCAUGUCCGUCUCUGACCUUAUUGGUCUGAUCUUUCAAGUCUGGCACAAUUUUUGUAUGAACCCUUACCUGGAACUGGCAGACUUACCUGUUGAUUUCUUCGAUAUCCAAAUUUUGACCGCCGGAUGUCCAAACGUUGCAAUGACCCGCAUCACAUGUUGGCUAACUAUGUACAUCACAGCGGAGAGAUGUGUUUCAGUGCUGUUUCCAUUGAAACUUGCUAGUGGUCUGACAAAUUGUAUAGUAGACUUUGGUAUAUACCAACAGAUAAUUUCAAGAAAUGAAAAACGUACUUUGGAUUCAGAUAUAAUCAAGGGUUGCUACCAUUAUUACUAA